UCGUGGAUAGUGGAUUCAUUUAUCUUGGAUAUUUUUCGGUAGUAAAGACGUAUUGCAGUGUGUCGUCCGCGUAUAUCCGCCAUAUUUUAACAUCGUGGAAUAGGGGAUUAUUGCCACGAUAGGAACGGCUUUUCACUGGGAAAGCUGAUCGGUGCAUAUGAAUAGUCGUAGUAAAAUGAGCAAUAACAAUAACGGAGGACGCCCACCACCACGUAUUGACGGAAUGAUUUCUUUGAAGGUUGAUAACUUGACAUACCGCACGACGCCAGAAGAUUUGAGACGUGUCUUUGAACGCUGCGGAGAUGUUGGUGACAUUUACAUCCCACGAGAUCGUUACACUCGUGAAAGCAGAGGGUUCGCAUUUGUUAGAUUCUAUGAUAAACGUGAUGCUGAAGAGGCCUUGGAAGCCAUGGAUGGUCGAAAAUUAGACGGCAGGGAGUUACGUGUACAAAUGGCCCGCUAUGGCCGCCCCACAUCUCCCAGCAACAAUAAUCGUCGCAACAAUGGUGGUAGACGUGGAGGAGGUGGCGGCGGUCGCCGUCGUUCACGCUCUCCCAUGCGUCGUCGUUCUCGCAGUCCUCGCCGUCGUUCAUAUUCACGUUCGCGUUCUCCCCAGAGUCGUUCACCGGUGCGACGCAACAAAUUCUCUCGCAGUCCAGUACGACGUUCGCUCAGUCGAAGUGGGAGUCGUAAUGGCAUAGGUGGUGCAGGCUUAGGCGGCCUUGGAGCAGACAGAGGACGUAGCCUAUCACGUAGUCGCAGCAGAUCUUAAGGCAUGGGAAUAAAGUAUGACGGAGGCAAACUAGUGCAUAGAAAUGCAAAUAGAGCAAAAAAAGGUCUACCCCAUCCUUCCGUAAAUGUGUUACAGCAGGCUGCUAGGGUGACAACUAAUUUCCAAUUACUUUUAACACACCACUAUGUUGCUGUUUUAUCAGCAGGCAAAAUGUUAAAGCGGUUUGUUGGCUGUUCUUUUAAAGCAGAAUGAAGAGAGGCAGGCAGGCUGAAAGAAAUAACUGAAAGUGUAUAUUAAGGCAAUGAGUGUGUAGUAGAGAACAUGAAGAAGAGUGGUGUGUGGGAAGCAGAGAAAGUGUGUGGGCGAGCUGUUGCUGCUGCUGCUUGCUGCUUACAGACAGACAAACCUGUUUUGACAUCACCAAAGAUUAAGCCGCUCUUUGCUGCUGUAUCUUCGGUGUUUUAAGCUGAAAUGUUCGUUUUGCUGUUGCGCUGGGCUGGCUCUAUCUCCCCCCUUCAAGGAGGAGGAGGGGGCACUAGAGGUUUGCUGUAAAUAUGUAAAACAAGCUUAAUGGUAACUACAACGUUCCUUUCAUCAAUUUGUGGUUAUUCGCUUAAGAAUGACUUGACACUUGCCGCAGUGCCGCAGUAUCUGUAUCUUUUGUAAAAUGCAGCAAAUCAAAGCAAAGACAGACACUCAACAGCAGAAAGUAGGCAGCAGUCCGUAGUUGGUUGGCUUGGCGUUUUGCUGUCGUCUCUUGCUAAUUCAAUUUCGUGCGUUUCAUCGUACUCUUUUUUUGAUAAGUGAAGAAACAACAACAGCGCAGCAAGGUGUAUGUUCUUCUUAAUGGUGGUUCGAGGUUGGUGGUUUAUGAAGUGAUCUUAGCUAGAGUUUGCUGUAUAUCAUCAUCGUAUUUGCAAACAGAAAAACGUACGUUACCAGGUUUCCAGUUUUUGCCAAAAAUUUAAAUCCUGAAUUGUGUGUAUGUGGUUUUUUGCUGCCAAAGCAGUCGAAAAUCACUCCCCACACACGAACGUUGGGUGAAAAUUCAUUAAAUGGUGUCCUUGUUUAUGGCUGUGCUGCUGCAUAUUGCAUUGGUGGUCCUUGUUUGUUGCAGUAGCGAUCGAUCGAUUCAUUUUUUUCUUCUGAAAAAAAAAAAUAUAUAGCACAGGUUUCCAAGCGUAUGAAACAAAAUAUACAGAUGAAGGAAUCCAAACUAUGACUGAUAAAUGGAGAAGUGUGAUUUUCAUGUUUCGAAAACCAGGUAAGUUUUGGAUAUGUUACUAAUCGAUUUUAAUUUUUUUAGGAUCUACCCCUACAAACUAAUUCUUUCUAACAAAGAUUGUAAACAUGCAUUAAAAAUCAAUAAAACUUUAAUAUUUUUCAAAUGAA